CCUUAAAGAAGAUGUUGCGCGUCCUCUGCGUGCGUAAUGUAUGUCAACCAUGGGUGCAAGAAUAACACGAGUGAUUACGAACUUUAAUUUAGAGAAUCGCGUUCACAGAGAAAUGAGUAAAUUAAAACCUCGAGCAGCACCAAGACAUCCAACAUCACACAGUCUUCCCCAGCAUAAUACUGCAGCAGGUUGCAUGCCAGAAGAGAUUAACCAGAGGAAUGAUCCACUGCUGUCCAUGUUGAAGGAUGUUUAUGUGGAGUCUAAAGAUCCUCAGGAUGAAGAAGUUUCCAAAGUUAAUAAGGCAGAGCAGGAGACGGACCGCAGGCUGCUGAAGUUCAGUCUACCUGGUGACCCUUAUGGUAUCUGUGAUGUCACUGAUGUUCCAAAAGGCAAGCUGACUCUAGUUGAAGCUUUAACUGUUCUGAACAAUCACAAACAAAUGCCUAAAAUAUGGACUACAGAGAAGAUGGCACAGGAAUACUCUCUGGACCCGAAUGAUGCCAAAGCCCUGGUGGAUUUCUUUAUUCCCUUCGAUGUCAAAAUCAUCCAAGUAGAGUCAGCAAAAAAUAAGCAAAUUAAUGAUUCUUAGAAAUUGCUAGAUGCUACAAUACAUUUGUCUUGACAUACUAAUUGCAUCAUUCAAUAGUUGGUCUUUGUACAGAAUAUUAGAAAUAUAGACCUCCCCCAAUAUUUUGGGCAGUAAUUUUUCUCUGUACCAUAUAGUUACAGAAAUAUAAUAAAAAAGUACACAUCGGUUGUUAUUCAUUUU